AUGUUACCCGCCGGUAUCGCAACUGGGGAAACCUUUGACAGAGUACUGAUUCGUGAUCGUGCGGUGCUCAUGGCAGAGGAAUUCCGAGCGAAUGGAGUCCCCAUUACUUUGAGGGCCGCAUUUGGGAAGGCUACGGUGCGAACAUUUACCUCUGCAGUUGGCUCCCGCGAGACGAUCGCUAGUUUUAGUUCGGUUGGGGUCCAUAAUCACCAUCAAACACUGGAUUUGCAAUGA